AUGGAGGAGAUGACAAAGAGGAAACAGCCAGCACAGGAUGGAGACGACGAGGGCGGCGCCGCUGGAGGCCGAAGCGGGGACGAAGAGCACCGGGAGGUAACCGACGAAGAAGUGGAUGAAUUUUUCUCCGUUCUCCGGCGGUUGCAUGCGGCCUCGAAGAGCUUCGCUGGCGGAGGCGACCGCCGAGACAACAAGCGGAAGAAGAAGGUGAGGAGGGGAGAGGAGGAGGAAGCCAAGGCGGCUGCGAGGUGGCGGCCGAGGUUCACCUUGGAGGACUUCGAGGCUAUCGGAGAUGGCGGCGUCGUCGUCUCUGAUGGGGCGGCAAGUGGUUGCAGGACGGCGGCGGAGGACCCGAUCCGUCUGGACUUGGACUUGAACGCCGAGCCCGUCGUCGAAGACCGCGACUGGCAGCGUUGGUUGCGGUGA